AUGGAUAUGGCGGCUAACGCGGCAGUCAAUGUCCUUUGCCUUCAAGAGACCAAGCUCACGACGGAGGGUCUCCACGCAAUGAGGCAAGCUUUUCACGCGAAGGGCUGGCGUCUUCUACCUGGCCCUCUCGACUACGACUCCGAGGGCAAGGCCUGUGGUGGUGUGGCUAUCGUUUCCGACUGGCCGGUGGAGAUGGUGACGGUCCCUGUGGCGGAGAGCUUCAACACUCGCGUUAUGGCGGUAAAGGCCCACCGCCCCAACCAGCGGCCACUCCUCGUCAUCUGCGGCUACCUGCCUGCCAAUGACGACGAGCUCAACCAGCACAUCGCCUCAACGGUGCUACAAUGGGCAAGCACUACCGGCGAAGACUUUGUGUUCAUGGCGGACUGGAACCGAACUCCUAACCAGCAGCCUUUCUGCAACUUUUGGCGGGGCACUCACAGACGCGCGGACGGCACGUACACGGGCAGGCUUUUGGACUUCGGGCUCUCCUCUGCGGGCUUGGCGGUGGACGGCCGAGCUCAACUCCUCGGCCCUGCAGACCACGACCUCGUGACCUACGACGUUGGACUACAGAGUGGCAGACGUGGCUGGCGUUGGCAACCGCAACGAGCUUUGGACGCGAACGCGACGGUGGACUGGGACAGCUGUUGGGCCCCUCACGACGAGCGCUUCUGGGCUUUCCUUGGCAACGCAGACACGGACUCAGCCUGGCCGGUGAAGGCGGAGGCGCACCGCGGCAGGGUGCCCGACGUCCAGACGCUUUGUGAACGGAAGCUGCGGCGCGCAGCUCGCAAGGCUCAUGAGGCCAUUCGGCAGCCGGGCAACCUGGAGCUCUACCGCAACCUGGUGAACUACGUUCGCCACGUGGUGGACGUCUACCCUGACUUUGCAGAGGCGUUGAACCUACACGGCGAGGCUCUGCUCCUCUACUUGCAGCAGGCGGCGGAGGCGGAAGCGCGGCGUGCCAACGAGGCACGUCUGGACAAGUGGCGUGAGGCAGUCAAGACGGACGUUCCCCGGCUUUCCCGCUGGAUCAAGGCGUCUCAAGUGGAGGCUCCAAGCAACUUCGAAGACUUUGGCGUGGACCCGGACCCGCAGGCGAGGGCGGAGCACGCCACUGUGGAGUGGAAGAAGCGCUGGCACCGCGACGCUCGACCCGACGGGCAAGCACUGCAGCAGCUGCUCAACGACCUGGACUUUCCGGAGGCUCGGCCGGCGCAGGCUCCUACUGUGAACGGUUCCGCGCUCUUGCGGCUGGCAAAGGCGGCGGCGCGCAAAGCAGCUGGCCUUGACGGCUGGACUGGGAGCCUCUGGAAGGCUUUGCCGAAGGCUUUCUUUGACCUCCUCGCGGCGGUGUGGAACGCAGUGCUUGAUGGGGCCCCGCUGCCGGCCGCGUGGGUGCAGGUACGCGUGUGCCUCAUUCCGAAGGAUGAUGGUGGCUUGCGCCCUCUUGCCAUCGCUGCGCUAGCUUGGAGGCUGGGCGCGACUUGCCUGGUUCGGCAGCUCACCGGUUGGGUGCACGAAGUUUUUCCUGCGGAGCUGUUUGGUGGCAUGCCGCACAGAGGAAUUGAUGACGUUCAUGCUGCUCUUUCCAACGCUCUCUUCCUGCAACGUGGUGGCGGGCCUCUUGCGGGCUGUAAGGCAGACGUCAAGAAGUGCUUUGACUCUGCGGACCCCAAGCUGGCAGUGCAGUGCAUGCGACGUUUAGGGGCUCCUGAGAACGUGCUCACUGUCAUCGAGCGCUUUUACCAGCUUCACGAGCGCUGGCUCAUGGUGGAGGGGGCCUGUGCCAGGCACCCUGUGGUGGAGGCUGCGGCUUUGCUGCAAGGAUGCCCGUUUUCUCCUCUUUGCCUCAACAGUAUGAUGACAGUGUGGCUGGCGGCGGUGAAGAAAGCUGAUACAGGCUGUACUUUGUCGGUUUUCCUUGACGACAGGGCCAUCUGGGUGCGAAAGCGCCGUGGUGCGGCCAGAGCUGUGCGGGCGGCAAUGGUGGCGGGAAGGGAAGCAGACCAGGCUUUAGGCUUCGAGCUGCAUCCGGCUAAGUUGGAGAGCUUUGGCACUUCACAGCCUGUGAGAGAAGAUUUGUUGGCUGCAGCUGACGAGGUGGGCAUUCCGCAGCAGACGUUUCGGCUUUUGGGUCUUCCUUACAACACCACGGCGGCCUCUCCGAUCGCUGCUGGCACCGUUGGCAAGGUUCUUAAAGCGAGGUGCAAGCGCAUCCAACUGUGCGGGCAAUCCAGGAGUCUUCGUUGCGCGCUUCUUCGGCUUCUGGUAGUUCCUCUUUUCCGUUGGGCCGCGCCUUGGCUUCGACAGUACAAGAAGGACGUACAGGCAUGGACUGGUGCCAUCGAGCGAGCGGCCUGGGGCGGCAGCAUACCCAGAGGCCGUUCGCCUGCUCUGGCUUGGGCAGCUGUGCUGGGGCUUGAGCUCUACCCGGCUUUCGUCAACGCGGAGACUGCAGUCCUACGUGAACACCGCAGACUACAGCUUGGGCGGCAUCCGCGCGAGGCUCCUCAGACCAAGGCUGCUUUGAGGUACUUUGGCUGGACUCGUGACGACGCAGGUGUUUGGCACACUCGCCAUGGCUCCUUUCAGGCGGGCGACGUCGGUGCUCCUGCCCUGCGACGGCUCAUGCGUCAGGACGGUGCGCGCAAGCUCUUCUUGCAAGACAACAAGGCCAAGCAGGCUGGUGGCUUUGACGGCGACUUUGACUUGAACUACCAAGUCAAAACGCGUGACGUGGCCCAAACCUACCCGCUGCGCGUCAUGGUUGGUGCAGCUUCUGACGCGAGGAGCUUGACGCCUAAAGACGGGAACGUGCAGGACUUGGUUUGCACUUGUGGCUUUGCAGGCCCUACCAGGACGCACUUGACCUUUGACUGUCCUCGAGCUACGUGGAGCGCUGCGCGGCGGACUUUGCUGGAGCGGCGGUUCUUGGCGGCGCUUCGCCGCCCUCUACCUCCCCGGCGCCCGCUUGCGGACUACAGCGUGCAGGUCGGUGAGGUGGCAGAGUACUUGAGCGAGCUUGACAGCGACCUCUUCCACUACGUGGCAACUGACGGUGGUUGCCUCCUUGCGAGAAAGGCGGAGGGUUUUCAGCAGGCUUCCUGGGCCGUCGCUUUUGCAGACAAAUCCUUUGGAGGCCUUGUUGAAGGACCGGACCAGACGGCGGCGGAAGGUGAGCGCGUUGCAGUUUUCAUACUGGCUGAAGCGCUCCUUCUUCACGGACGGUGGCUGCGACUUCUCGUGGACAACCAAGCUGUCGCUGGCAGGUUGCUUGGCGGUGAGGCCGCGUGCGAAAAUGGUGACCCUUGGAGGCCGUGGAAGCGUGUGGCAAAGGCGGUGCGUUGGCUGCAAGUGGCAUGGGUUCCGGCUCACAACAAGCAGGCCUCUUGGACGCCUCCCUCAGGCUGGAUUGAUGCCGACGCUUGUCGAGCUCUUAAUAGGCGGGCAGACGCUGCUGCUGGCUCGGCUCUGCAGCCUUGCAGUCAAGCAGUGGCUCACGCGGCUCGUGCCGCUGACGAGAGGUUUGAGGGGGCGCGGGAUGCUGUGGCAGCUCAGCGAGCAGCUACGCAGGACUGGCAUGAUCGCUUCGUCAACAUGAUCAGGUACGGUGGGGCUCAGAAGGUGCAUUUCUUACCGCUUUGGUUGGCCCCUUGGCUGUUGUCUACCAUCCUGGCGAAUGCUUUGGUGGCCACGUGCUGGAGCUUCCUGACUGUCCGCGUGCCUGAGGAAGCCCUCGGCUCCAUCCAUUCCUUUUGUACCUGGAUGCUACCUUCGGCAUCCGCAGCGCUCGUCACGGACGCAGUUUGGGCGGUCUUCGGUGUGUUGGCAGGAACGACUUUGGGCAUGUUGGCGUCGAUUCCAUGGACCAUCGCUUGCAAAGCCAAGUUGCAAAGCCACGCGCUUAUGCUGGAGCAGAUGGCUUGCUUCGAUUGCCGGGCGGCGCAAUGCACGAUAGAGGCUGACCGUGUUCUUGUGCAGCGGCAGGUCCAGGCGCUUUUCAGGUGGCGAAGCGAAGAAGAUUCAGAGCCUGUUGUUCAGACGACUUCCUCUUCUCGAAAUGCCGGAACAUCCACUGCAAGCCGGGCAGAUCCCCAGACAGUGUGGAUCCGGCGCGACAUUGUCACCUGGACUCAGAGUGAUCAAGAAGCACUGGACGGUUUCAACAGCUACAUUCGUGGUCCACUUCGUUGUUCGGUGAUGGAAAGUGUUGGAAGUGAGCUGCAUGUGCCUUACCGCAUAUGCUUGGUGGCUACUCUUCCCAUGAUAUUUUAUAGCCCCGUGGAUAUUCUCCAAUGCGACGACGACUGCAGAUCCCAUCAUGGCCUGCCCUCCCUUGAGAGGGGCUUCCUGUCCGAGAUUCUAAGCUGGAUUGUCGUCGGCUUGUUGGUUUUCCCCACUUUCUAUCCUAUAUUUCUUCGGAUGCUGAAGCAGGCCUUCAGCGCCCAAUCACAGACAUUGCAGUUAGUGUUGGCAGCCCUUGGGGCUAUUGCAACCUUCGUUUAUGGCUACCUGUGCAGUGGAAUGGUGUACGGACUUACGGAAAACAUCUUCCAGCCACGACUGACCGGCAUAAUGCUGUACAUUCUGAUGUUAAUCCUCCUACUUCUUCAGCUGCGAUGCCUCUUCGGCACCGAUGGUGCCGUUGCACGCGUUUCGGUAGAUGGAACCUACCGGGCACUGCAUGCAGCAGACACCUUCAGCAUCUAG